GAAUUUGUGGCCUAAAUGAAGCAUCGCUUCGUUGCUUCUUCGAUCUAAUUACCCUAAACUAUUAACUUGGAGUUGGAGGAGACGUAAACAGCGCGGAGCCCUCAAUAAAAAACUAAUGAUAUUUAUACCGAAACGCGAGACCGGUACGGAGAGAGAAAAAAAACGUAUAUUAUUCUUAAAGAAAACGAGCUGUCACGCCGCCACCGUUAAGGAGAUUUUGAGGCACACAAACGCUACACCGAUUGGCCGGUCGCAUGUCGUCGGCUUCUGCUGUUGUUACUGCAAGGAACGCUUCCCGAUACCGGCGCUCCUCAAGGAGCACACGCUGACAACGCAUUCCGACACAACCGACGCGGUAUUCAUGAAGAAAUCACUAAAAGAGUUCGCCGUCAAACUAGACAUAACGUCGCUCCGGUGCAAGAUUUGCGGCAAUAAGCUGGAGUCCAUUAUGGAAUCCGUGGACCAUUUGAAAGAGAUACACAAAAAGAACACCUCCCCGGAUUACAUAAGACACGUAAUACCGUUUAAAUUUGAUACCGACAAAUACCAAUGCUGCAUGUGCUCGGCGGAGUUCGCGAAGUUCCAAACGCUGCAAAUGCACAUGCACACGUCGCACUUCAAGAACUUCGAGUGCGCGGUCUGCAGCGCGGGCUUCAUCAACGAACGCCAAUUGGGCUAUCACAUGAAGAAUCAUGCGAUCGGCGAGUUCCGAUGCAAGCAUUGCCCCAAAGUUUACGACACGGAGACCAAAAGGAAGAGCCACGAGCGAUCGCAUUUCGACGCGAAUUGCCACAAGUGUCCAUACUGCGGGCAGGGGUUCGUGAACAACAGAUAUAAGUGGAAACACAUAUCCGAAAGCCACGACGUUCCCUUGCCCACGUACAAAUGCAAAGCCUGCGACAGAACCUUCACGGAGUCAACCCUGUACUACAUUCAUCUGAAGCGGGAUCACCUCAUGGACCGACCGCACGACUGCGAGCAGUGUGAUAAGAAAUUCUUCACGAAAUUCGCUUUGAGGAAGCACAUGCUCUCGCACACAGGCGAAAGGGCGUUUCAGUGCAAAGUGUGCUUUAAGGCUUUCGGAAGAAGGAGCACUUUGACGGAGCAUUUGAGGAUACAUAAUAACGAUCGGAGGUUCAAGUGUGAGCGAUGCGGCCAGGCUUUUGUGCAGAAGUGCAGUUGGAGGGGUCACAUGAGGAACAAACACGGAGUGGACGUGCAAUAAAUAUGCCUAGUGUCAGGCUUUGGGCAGAGUUGUAGUUGGAAGGGUCUCAUGAGAAACAUACAGGGGAUGGACGUGCAAUACAUAUGUCUAGUGUCAGACUUUGGGCAGAAGUGUAGUUGGAAGGGUCACAUGAAGAACAAACACGGGAUGGAAGUGCAAUAAAUGUGUUUAAUGUCAGGCUUUGUGCAGAAGUGCACUUGGAAAGGUCACACGAGGAACAAAAAUGGAAUGGAAGUGCAAUAAAUGUGUUUAGUGUCAGACUUUGAGCAGAAGUGUAGUUGGAAGGGUC